GCGUGAAAUAUAACUAGAAGGUGUAACAUAGAAAAUGUCAUGUUAUUUUCUUAAUAGGUGAUCAAAUCACGAUCACUCAUCAAUUUAUCAUCCUCGCAAUUGGGAUUGAUCAAAAUGCCCAAGAAGUUCGUCGGUGAAAACAGCAAAGCUGUCGCUGCUAGGGCAAGGAAGGCAGCGGCAAAAGAAGCUGAAAAUACAAAAAAAGCUCUGGAAGCUGAAGAGAAAGCUUGGAAGGAUGACGACAAGCAGCUCUUAAAAAAGAAACAGCGACAGGAGGAGCUUGAAAAGAAGCGACAACAGCAGCUAGAGAAGAAAGCAGAAGUGAAAGCUUUGCUUGAAAAGGAAAUGGCAACUAUAAAAGUAGGUGGAAAACAACCUGCUGCAAAAAUAACUAGAGCAGAAAUUGUAGCGGUAACGGAGAAACGAAAUCAGGCAGCGACGACGAAGAAGAAAGAAGAAGAGAAACCAAUUGAAGAAAAUUUGAAUAGGUUAACUAUUGAAGGUGAAACAGCACAUGGUAUAGAUGAAGCUUUAUCUGUUUUAAGUACAAAGGAUCCAGAAAUCGAUCGUCAUCCUGAAAAGCGUGUGAAGGCUGCGUUUGCAAGUUUUGAAGAGAGAAUGAUGCCUAUAAUUAAGGAGCAAAAUCCUACUUUAAGGUUAAGUCAAUUGAAGCAGAUAUUAAAGAAAGAAUGGAUGAAGUCGCCCGAGAAUCCUCUGAAUCAAAAAUUACUCCUGAAUCGUUGAUACAAAACACAAGAAACACGUAUACGACUGAUUAGAUGGCUCCAAGGAACACGUGAAAUGAGAAGACUCAUAAUAAAUAUAAUCACGAACAAAUCAAGUAUCUGUACACAAUUUUAUUGUAAACGAAUAAGUUAUACUCCGGGUAGAACACAUAAAAUAACAUUUGCAUAAAAUCAUCUUUGGUAUAACUUAUACGCUACUACAUAGCCUCUACAUUGUAUUUUACACUUUCAUUUACAAAAAGAAUAAGAUGAUCGUUGAUUAAAGGCUGCGUAAAUUCGAA